AUGUACUGUAGGGGGGCCCCCUCCACGCGUUUGAGGCCGGGGGGCCCCCCCUUCUUGGCGCCGUUGUUAGUCUCCCUAGACCCCCCUGGGGGCCCCCCAACAGAGACAGAAGAGACAGCUGAAGGGGGGCCCACCAUCUUCCCUCGUCUGCAGCAGCAGCUGCUGCAGCAGCAGCGCUCGCUGCGACUCUGGCUGCAAAAGGUCCUUCAAGAUCCCCCCGUAAAUGGACGCCUGCCGAGCUGUCUCCCUGUGUGGGGGCCUCAGGGCCUUGAGUUUGAGGAGCAGGAGACAGACACUGCAGCAGGCGAAGUUAUAAUGGCGUUGAUGGAUCAGGGCCUCCAGAGCUGUACCCUGCCAGUGGGGGCCCCCCAGGGGCCCCCCCCUGCUGCUUGCUGCCGCUGUCUGUCUCUGCAUUUAUACUCUGACUGCUACGAAGUUAAUUCAAAGAGGCAGCAGGGGCCCCCUGUCCCCUUUAGGGAGAGGGGCCCCCAACCGCGAGACUGGGGGAGGCCCCGUACCUGUGCCUUUAUGCCUGAGGCAGAGGAGGCCCCGGGGCCCCCCUCCCCCCAGCCCUCAGCAGCAGCAGCAGCAGCAGCAGCGGCAGCAGCAGCAGCAGCAGCAGCAGCAGCAGCAACGGGGGAUUCCUUCAGUCUCUGGGCCAGCGGGGGCCCCUUGCCUACGUAUUUAGAGACAAGCAGCGGGAGGCCCUCUGCGGCAGUCCCUUCUCCAGCAGCAACAGCAGCAGCAACAGCACCAGCACCAGCAGCACCUGCUGCUGCUGCUAAUGCAGAUGAGGCGGCAGCACAACUGGGGCACAGCGAACGACCGCAGCAGCGGCUGCAGCAGCAGCUGCAGCAACAGCAGCAGCUGCUGCUGCAGCAACUUCAGUUUGGCCCAACCUCAGCGCACAGCGGCAGUCACAGAGGGCCCUUCGUCACACCAGGGACAACAGAGGCCCCGGGGGAGAGGGGCCCCCGUUCUUUUAUCUUGGAGGGGGGCCCCCGCCUGGAGGUGCUGCGGGGUUUAAGUCGUUCUUACUUGUCAAGGGGCCCCCGAUUGAGGAGACACCCCAGAGAGGGGGCCCCCAUCCCCCUAGAAGAAGAUAUGUCAGGGGGUUUGUUCAACGAGCCUGGGGGCCCCCUGGGGGCCCUAGGGGCCCCCCCAUCCUCUGCAGAGGACCUAGAGACAGCAUUAGGAGAUGCGGGGCCCCUUGAAGCGGCCCCCGACCCAACCCCACACGAAGAGGAGACGGGGGGCGGGGGUCCCCCUGACAACGAGGAGGUGUCUCUUCUUGGGGCUGGGGAGCCCCCCUUACUUCGGGUGCAAGAAGGAAGCAGCUACAGUGACAGCACAGAAGGAGACAAUGCAGAGAGACAGCUGCUGCUAGGCAGCCCUCCGUACAGCCUCCCUCAGCAGGAGACAGAAGAGACAGAGGAGACAGAGGAGCUCAGUCAGUCUCUACAGCCGUUCUAG